AUGUUUUACUAUGACGUGCUGCACCCUAUCAACGUUGCGCGGCUGCUGUAUGACAUGCUUUGCGUCACCGUGCGCUCCUUUAGCCCUGAGACGCUCGUUCGCAAGCGGGUGAAGCGCCGCUCAAGGAACGGGGACGACGCCACCACGGAGAAGCAGCAGCAGCGGGGUCGCCAGGUGCAGCAGUCAAGUCGGCCCGGCAGCCGUACUGCGUCGGUCAACACAAGCCUGAACGCGUCGGCCUUCACCACCGGGGAGUUGCCGCCGCCGGUACCGAACCGAAGUGCGACGGACGCGUCACGGACGCACCGCCACCGAAGUCGCAGCGGCGGCCGUCGCGAACGUGGCACCGACGGCGAUGGGCAAAAGGGCUGGAGGCAUUGGCGCAGCAUUGACGUCACAAAGCAGAUGGUGCUUCUGACGCACGUGCUGCGCGCCACCCCGGUCGCCGUUCUCCGCUUCUUCUGUCAAGUUCAGACUGACGCGGAGACUUUGCCGCUGCUGGACUUCAGUGACCUCGGGGCGACCGCGCGGCAGGUGUUGUGCCUUGGCGUGGACGCGGUGUUUGCACCCGGUCUUUUGCUCUCCUUCCUCACAGCGCGUCUCCUCUUGGGCGUCGCCCAGCAGUAUAUGAUGGAGCGCUUUUUUUUUGAGACGAACCUGGUGGUGCGCAACCUUCGCAGCCGCCGCGCGUGGCGAAAGGCGCUGGGGUGGUCCCUGAGUCUCUCAGCCCGCACAAUCACGGACCCCAUCGCGUUCAGCGCCUUGACGCCGAUGCUGCUGAACCGCGUGCAGGACUUCUCGUCGGUAUCGGGGCCGCUGCGGUAUACCCCCGCGGGCGUCAGCAAAGGCCUCGCUAUGGGCUUUGCGGGGGUUGUGCUGGAGAUGAUGAUUGUGCCGGCCGCCUCGCAGCUCUGCCAGCGCGCCAUUGUGGGCACCGCAGACGCCGCGGAGUAUUUGCUGCUGCGCCGCUACGCACGACGGGGGGUGAGGGUCGCUGGGGAGGCCAAAGACGACAACGCCAGCCAUGUAAACAGCGAGGAUGAACGGGGGGAUGGUGCGGGCAGCUUUGCGGGAAGCCUGAACAGCAGCCGCAUGUCUCUCAGAGAGAUGGCGGGGGUGGGGGCGAAGGCAUCACAUGAAGGACCUGGCGCACACUCCCGCGAGGAGCCACGCAACGCGGAGCGGCUUCGUCGUCGUCUAGAGGCCGCGGAGCGCAAAAAGGCGGAGACGGAGGUUAGAGUUAUCUGGCGAGCCAUCAUCUACCGUGUCUGCUCCUUACUUAUUGCACAGUGUUUCGUACAGCAUCCGUUGACAGUGCUCGCCCACAUGUUAUAUGGUCGUGCUGUGCUGAAUGCCACGGGCCUGCUUAAGCUCUACGACGACGCCCCCGCCGUGCCGCUCACGUGGACGGACUACUUGCAAUUUCUGCGGAGUUGCGGUAGUGUUGAGGCGGGAGUGGAACAAGGCAGCGGAGUGCGGGCAGUGGAACUACUGCGCAGCAUCGGUGGUUUUAUUGGCUAUGAGGUGAGUAUGGUGUCCAGCUGCAUACGUUGCUUUUCCACGCGGGAUGCGGCCAUUCGUGCACUUGUUGCACACGCCGAGCAGAGGCGCACAAGUAGGGACGGUCAUGAUGGGGUUGAUGCGGGACCCUCUGCCCUGGAGAGUGUGGAACUUAUGUUUUUGAGUGCUGCGUCCCUGUCCCCGCUAUUCACGGCCGUGCACUUUACAGCAAUUGAAAAGCUGCUAGCAUUCUACAUGGACGUCUGGGUGCGCCUGCGAGGGGAGUAG